AUUAACUUGUUAUAAAUAAGUCUUAUCAAAUUCAAUUUGAUAUUGAAAAGUGAAGAAGAAAGAAACAAAUUGUGCUUUACUGAUCAGGUAUCAGAGCACAGCUUGAGUUUGUAUCAGAUUUGUAAUGGAAAAGGGUUUUUCAAAGGAGACAUAUGAAGAAGGGUAUGAAAGCCCUGAUUCUAGGCUCAAGUUUGAAGCUAUUUCAGAACAUCUGAGUGACAAAGAAAGCAUAUCCAGUGUCCUUGAUUCAACUGGCUCUAAAUCAUUGGGUAAGGAUAAUGAUAAUGGAGUAGAGGCUGAUGGUAAUGAAAUUGAUCAAGCGAAGGGCGAAAGUGAAGCAAGAGAGAGUAAAAAUAUUCAAGGACGGGAAGAAAGAAAAGGGGAUUCUCCACAGUUCAAGGGUACUGUUUGGCAAAGGAAUGGGCACUGGGGAGCUCAGCUAUACUGCAACCAUGGUAGAAUAUGGCUGGGUACUUUCAGGACUAGAGAAGAAGCUGCCAAGGCUUAUAAUAGAGCUUAUAUGAAGUUCCGAGGGCAAGAUGAUCAACCAAAUUUACCCUGCACACCAGUUUCAGAAGCUGAGAAACUGUUUCAGGAUUCUCUCUCUCCUGAUGAAGUUGCCCUUUUUAUCAGGGAUCAUAUUUAUGAUAGAGAAUUGCAAAAGUGGUGCAAUGCUCAUCACAGACCUAAUCAAGAGGUUGCUGGUAAUCAGGAUGCAGGGGAGAUGGGUGUGAAUAGGCAGCAUCUAUUUGAAAAGAAGAUGACUGCUAGUGAUGUGAGUAAAUUAAACAGGCUGGCGAUCCCAAAACAACAUGCUGAACGCCAUUUUCCUAAGGAAAAGUUAGAUGUUGAAUCAGAAACUUUUCUUACAUUUGUGGAUACAAGUAACAGUAGACAAUGGCAAUUUAGAUUUUCAUUUUGGAAAAGCAGCCAGAGCUAUGUGCUUACAAGAGGAUGGAGAAGGUUUAUCAAAAGUAAGGAUUUGAAAGGAGGAGAUAUUGUUUCCUUCUCCAGGGAUAGUAAGAUGCCAAGCAAUGAAUUUUACAUUACAGUCCAUGUCUCUCAGAAUUUGAUGAGCGAGAAUUGUGUGCAAGAUCAAUCUGGUUCUCAUGAGUUGCUUCAAGAAAAGGGAUCCAGUGCCAUAUCUAAUUCACUAACCUCAGUAGGUGUGCCAAAAGUGAGAAUUUGUAAGCCCAAAGAGUUAGUGAAAGUGAAAUCUCAGGAAAAAAUCAGAGUGGGUCGGAAUACAGAUCACAUACAUUAUUCAUCCCAUCAGAAAACCAGCAAUCGUUUACAUGGAUCUGCACAACUUGGUAAAAGAAAAGCUAUGGCGGAUGAAAGUGAACAUAAUUCAGAUGAUGUUAUAAAGCUAUUUGGGAUUGAAAUCGGUCGAAAAGCAGAACAGUUGAAAGAUGAUGCAGUUGAAAAUUGUCGAAAAGCAAAGAAACAUUUGCAGCUUCAGAUUCAUCCAAAAGAAAUAAAACAGAAAGAUGGUGAAGUCGAAAUGGAGGUCAAAGAAGCAAAAGGAUUGGAAUGGAUGGCUUAAAUCACACAUUAAGCUUUGACUUCUAGAUUUAAAGUGUUAAACACUCAGAAUUAUUCUUUAGACUUAAUAUGUUGCUUAGUAUGUGUAAUUUAAGACUAAUCGGAAUAGAAAUCUAGAAAUUGAAUUUGUUAGAUUUCUGUUACAUAA